GUGAAGUGAACUGCUCGCUUUGCUUCCUGCCUGACGCCUCGCUCCGUCUUUCUGCCGAAAACAAUACUCAACAUGGUCCAGCGAAACUAACCAGCCGCCCCGGUGCUGUUGGAGAUCCGAGGCGCACACCGUGAUGCUUGAUUGGGCUGAGGAGUGAAGCACAUUCCCGGAGGAGCUGAGGGCUGCUGUCUUAAGCUUAUGAGAAACCAGCCUGCUCACACCAUGCCCGUCAAGAUGGCCUCCAGCUCUUCUUGCUCUCACUGGAACAGUUUGGGACAAGGAUGUGUGUUGCCAUGGUAAUCAUUUACAAGAAAACACUGGAAAAGAAGGGUGCCGACGAUGUAACAUCCAAAAGUACAGAUUUGGGCCCGUUCCAGGGACAGACCAUGAGCCAGGGGACUGCACUUUUCUCUUGUGGACUCAUGGAGACAAGUCGGUGGUGUGAGGUGGGUCAUAGCUGUGCCAUACAGCAGAGGCCAGUUGGAACCAGCCUGGAGAGCCUGUGGGACGUCCUGCCCGAGGUGCACAAGAGUUCAUCCCACUGGGAUUGGGAUGUUGGCUCUACUUCAAGCACAAUCACCAGCUUGUUGCAGGACCUUAGCCUGACCGAGGCUGCGUCCUCGCACUCGACUGCACCUCCCAGCAAGCGUCAGUGCCGGUCCCUGUCUUGCUCAGACGAGUUUGGUGGUUGUCGGUCUACCUGGCGUCCUCAGGGCUCUCGUGUGUGGACGGCAGUGGAGAAGAGGAGGUGCCACAGUGGAGGCAGCGUCCAGCGCAGCAGCGUUGGGAACACGCAGCUCGGCUUCCCAGCCAUGCAGCGCAGCUCCAGUUUCAGCCUGCCCGCCCGCUCUAACACCCUUGAGUUGCCCUGCUUCACCCAGCGUCUCCCCUGCCCCUCAACUUUCACCGGUCUGACACCCUCCUCCUCCAUGCCCCUGUCCUCCGAGCCCUCAGCCCAGCCCCUCUACCUCUCUCACGAACAGAUCUGCCUCCCUGAGCCCCGUGGACCCUCUCCACCCAGCUCCCCUGACUCCACUCCAGAGCUGGAGCGCCGUGGUGGACAGGGGGGUCUCGCCCGCAGUCGCUCGCAGCCGUGCGUCCUCAACGACAAGAAGAUUGGCGUGAAGCGCAGGAGACCAGCUGAUACACACAAACAGAGGCCUUCAUUGGAUCUGGCGAAGAUGACCCAGAAACUUCGGAAUUUCCACAGCCUUAGCUGCCCUGGAAUCACAGGCGAAGACAGCUGCGAGUCCAGCCAGGCCCUCCCCGCUCUCACAAGCAACGCUCAGAGCGACACGGACGACUUAUCUGCAAACGAACACGGCUUGGAGGACAUUGAGCCUCAGACCAAAGAGGGCGAGAUCACCAGGAACGCGCCGUCGGACCCCACAAUCGAGGAGGUGGACUGGAGCUCCACAGACUGCGGCGAUGUGACACCGGGGACGACGAAUGGGAAGGACAGUGAGCCUCUGUGGGCGGGGCUGUGUAGCAUGAGGAAGGACGCGUAUCAGCUCGGAGGCGAGCUCGACAUUGAGCAAAUUGAGAGGAACUGAGCUGCACUGCCCUCCUCUAGGGGGAAGUUAAUUUAGGGGACUGAAAGUUUAUCACCAGAUGGUACAGUGAACAGUACUGAUAGUCUUAAGGACAAAGCAAAUGGAAAGCUAAUGCAGAUCCAGCACUUGUCUUUUUUUUCUCAAGGAGAGAUUGAGCAGGAGCUUUGUGGGCUAAAGGCCCAUUUUGGGGGACAUUUUGUAGUGAGGAGCUACUCCCCCACUGUGCGGUAUCUCAACUGUGUCUCAGGAGAACAAUGAAGUCGCAAGGAUGGGUUCAGGUGGAGAUAAUAGAACUGAUAAACAUUAAAAUGAUGUAUUAAUGUUGGCUCAGAGACUGGGGUCUUUAGCAUUUCUCUGUAACCCUGAUUACCUUCACUGUACUAUGUUUGGAGAGAAUUCACAGCAGGUUUGUAUAAAUUCUCUGCACUAGAAAGAGUGUCCAGUCCUCUGACGUUCUUCAACAGUACAAGGGUACAUGAUGGACAGAAAUGGAGACUACUUCGAGAGCUACUGUUAGUAAAGCCCCUUUCACUCUUACCGAGCAACAAGCUGCACGCACACACCACCUGUGAAGAAUAUUGAAGAGCUUAACAUUUCACACAGUAACAUCAGGCUUCUCUGUGAGAUCUAUGCUCCCGUUUGUUUGAGAGAAACUUUGUGAUGCUAAUAGCGUUAAUAUUCUUUCUUUUUACGAAUUUGUAACUACAAAGUUAUGUAAAACAUGAGCAUAUUUCUAUACAAAUAAACACAGUUUUAAAUGUG